AUGUACGACAGUACUUGUGGAGCGGCUGCCAGUGGGCAGUGCGGCAAGGCCCAGCGUGAAAGCGAUGGGCCACCACCGCGCGAGCCCCCGCUCGCUCCGCUUGAGCGUGAUUAUAGCGGCUUCGACAUUGUAAAAGCCACACAGUAUGGUGCUUUCGCUCGUGUUAAAGAACUUGUUGAAGCCGGCUGGGAUGUCAAUCAACCAGAUCACGAAACCGUAACUUUACUACAUUGGGCAGCAAUUAACAACCGACGUGAAAUAAUUGAAUAUCUACUGUCCAAGGGUGCCGUCGUUGACGCGAUUGGCGGUGAAUUACAAUCAACGCCCCUGCAUUGGGCUACCAGACAAGGCCAUCUGGAGGCAACAGUGCUCCUAGUGCGUGCCGGCGCUGACCCUGCUCUACGCGAUGCAGAGGGUUGUGCAUGUCUUCAUCUUGCGGCACAAUUUGGACAUACAGCAGUUGUGGCUUAUCUCGUGGCUCGGGGAGCUGACCCUGAUGCUCCAGAUGCAGGGGGCAUGACGCCACUUAUGUGGGCAGCUUGGAAAGUGUCCGCUGUAGAUCCUGCACGCCUUUUACUAACCCUGGGUGCAUCUACCAAUCCUACAGAUCGAUCACAUGGCAACACUGCUUUGCAUUGGGCUAUCCUCGCUCGUAAUACAACAGCUAUUUCUACUCUUAUUCUGUAUGGUAAUGCCAGUUUGGAUAUUCCAAACCUUCGUGGGGUCACUCCUCUGGUGAUGCUGCAGUCUAAUGCGGACUCUCUGUGGGUGGGCUCUAAGGUGUCAGACAAAAUUAAGGAGCAUGCUCUGCUCACAACGAGGAGAAGUAUUUUUCGUAGGUUAACUUAUGAUAAGAAAUUCAGAUGGUGGUGCGUAGUCGUCAUGCCUUUCAUGGCAUUCUACCUCACCGGCCUAGUGUUGGAGAUGGAUACAAUCUACUUGCUUAAAAUGUUCCUUCUUGUCUGCUUUUACGCCUUACUUCAUUUCCUUAGUAAUGCACUUUUUGACGAUGAACUUAAAAAUAUAUUCCCUUUGAGUGUAUACUUGGCUACGAAGGUAUGGUUUUAUAUAACUUGGGUGGUAUUCAUCGCGCCAGUUGUGAGUGCUUCGGCAACGUUAGGGUUCUUCCUGUUCUCGGGCUUUCUGUGGUACACAUUCCUACGCUCCUGGCGCAGCGACCCUGGCAUCAUCACCGCCACUAAGUCGGACAAGUUUCGUACGAUCAUCGAGCUGUCGGAGAGCAACGGCGGCGGGUUCGAACCGGCGCGCUUCUGCUCGGCCUGCCUGCUGCGGCGGCCGCUGCGCUCCAAGCACUGCUCCGUCUGCAACCGCUGCGUCGCCAAGUUCGACCACCACUGCCCCUGGGUGGCCAACUGUAUCGGUGCUAAAAAUCAUCAAUAUUUCAUCGGCUUUUUAGUCAGUCUUAUGAUAAUGUGCGUUUGGAUGCUGUGGGGCGGCGUGCAGUACUUCAUGACCCAGUGCGGUGACAGAGGCUCAGCACUGGACACGGCUCUGGGCUGGCUGCAGUGCAACGCCUGGCUUGCCUGGGUGCUGCUCAACGCAACCUUCCAUCUGUUCUGGGUCACCGUGCUGACCAGCUGCCAGCUGUACCUGGUGGUGUGCCUGGGCAUGACGACCAACGAGCAGCUGAACCGCGGCCGCUACCGGCACUUCCAGGCGCGCGGCGGCCGCUCGCCCUUCUCGCGCGGCCCGCUGCGGAACUGCGCCGACUUCUUCCAGUGCGGGAUGUGCGGGAUCCUGCAGCCCCGCCGCUGGGACUGGACGCACGCCGGCCUCGGCGACGACGAGCCCAUGCUGCGCGACGACCACUUCGUCUGA